GCAGCGAAUCUUAAGGCCCUUAGGCGUCCACGGUGGUCAAGGGUCUUGAAAUUCUCCGACGCCGGCAGCCGUCGCGAUUGGGCUAGACCUCAACGAAUGCGUCGCGUAAUGAUGUCACCAACACCACCCUGGUCGGGGUUUGAGAACGCCGACAACAUGUACGUCCUUCGGAGGCUGUUGUAGAUGUGUAGCCUUCAAAAUAAAAAGCCACCUGGGCUGCUGUUGAGGCAAGACAGAGCGCCUCGCCACAUUCCUUGGAACACAACCUUUGUCCUCUGCCACCAUCAUGUCGCAGCAGCGAUUGGACAUCCUCAUCUCAGGUGCAGGCGUCGCUGGUGCUUCGUUGGCAAUGAUGCUUGCGCGCCAGCCCGGCUUCAAGCUGCAUCGGAAAAUUACGUUACUUGAAAGAUCGCCCAUACCACGUGUGACAGGGCAAGCCGUUGACAUUCGAGGCCCAGGUGUGGACGUGAUUUCCAAACUUGGACUAGAGCCAGAGAUCAAAGCCAGACAUACCACGGAAACCGGAAUCUCUUUCCUGAACUCAAAGGGCCAGGUAGCAGCAACAAUACCGUCAACUGGGGACGCGAAGAACCAGAGUGCGAGCAGCGAGUACGAGAUUCUCAGAGGUGAUUUGACUGCUCUUCUACUCGAUGGGGUCAAGGAAGCGAAAGAGAAGGGUGCAGACGUUGAAGUUGUCUACGGCGAACACAUCGACUCAAUGGAGGAGCGUGCGGAUGGGUCUGGGAUAGACGUUCGCUUUGCCAACGGAAAGAUCAGCAACCAAAGGUACGAUGUUGUCGUUGGAGCGGACGGCAUUGCAUCAAAAACCCGCAAGUUUGUGUUCGGAAAAGAAGACCGUUACGAGAACAUCAAGCCGUCUGGGCUAUAUAUCGGAUACUUCUCGAUUCCUCGCAUUCCUGAAGAUAAUUCGCUUUGGAACUGGUGUCAGGUGGUACCGGGUUUGGGCAUGCAUCUUAGGCCGCACUGCAACAACAAAACAAUGGGCGUAUACCUCACAAUCUGUAAUUCAACAGAAUCACGAAAUCCCGAGCUUGAAGACGUCUUGAACAGCGAUGUGGAUACACAAAAGGCGUACUUACGGCAACGUUUCCAAAAUGCAGGAUGGCAGGGCCAACGUUUCGUUGACGGCCUUGACGUUACCGAUGACUUUUACAUGUCACACUGGUGCCGAGUCGUUACACCGCAGUGGGCCAAAGGUCACAGUGUCAUCCUGGGUGACGCUGCUUUCGCAACUAUGGGCAUUGGUACUAGCUUGGCAAUGACUGGCGCGUACUGUAUUGCAGGCGAGCUCUCGAAGAUUGAGUCUUCUGACCAGGUGCCGGAUGCGUUACGAAAAUAUGAGGAUUUGUAUCGGCCUUUUGUGGAGAAGCACCAGAAGCCAGGCCCAGCCACGAUGCAGAUGGCGAAUCCGCAGACAGCAUGGGGCCUUUGGUUCUUCCAUACCUUGCUCGGGGUGAUUUGCUUCAUGCGUGUACCUCAAUUGCUCAUGCGCUUCUUCGGCGGAGAUGAAAAAGAGAGUUGGAAGUUGCCAGAUUACGGCUGGUGAUGCAUGUGCUAUCCGCCCAGAGGAGAUUAUACUUUCGUGCAAAUUGUGUGAAU